GCUCCUCUCUGCACUGUGUGCUCUGUGCUGCUCCUCCUGGAUAGUCAGUAUGGCUCUCAAUGUCCCAGGACUGGUAGUCACCAUCAUAUUCUACCUGCUGGUGCUCGGGAUUGGUAUCUGGGCUUCCUUCAAAUCCAAAAAGGAUGAAAACAGGACACAGGCAAACCACGCAGACAUGGCCCUGCUGGGGGACAGAAAAAUCAGCUUGGUAGUGGGGAUCUUCACUACAACCGCUACCUGGGUUGGUGGGACCUUCAUCAUCGGCACAGCGGAGACCGUGUACAAUCCAAAGUUGGGACUGAUUUGGGCUGUGAUGCCUUUAGCAGCGACAUUGGCCUUCACUCUUGGUGGUCUUUUCUUUGCUGAGCCGAUGAGAGACAGGAAGUAUGUGACCAUGAUGGACCCUUUCCAGAUCAAGUAUGGAAAUGGACUGAGUGGACUCCUGUCUGUGGCACCUCUGCUGUCAGAAAUUAUUUGGGUAACUUCAACGCUGAUAAGCUUGGGUGUAACCAUGAGUGUGAUCCUGGAUUUGUCCUAUGCUGUGUGCAUCUGGAUCUCUGCUGCUGUGGCCAUCACCUACACACUGCUGGGAGGUCUCUACUCUGUGGCCUACACAGAUAUUAUACAGCUCUCUCUCAUUUUUAUCACCUCAUGGCUGUGCGUCCCAUUUGUUCUCAUGAGUCCAGCAUCUGUUGACAUCACCACCACAUCCUUCAACCACACCUUCCAGGCUCCCUGGGUCGGCACUCUGACUGCAGACAGAGUCGGGAGGUGGAUCGAUAUCUUUUUAUUACUGAGUGUAGGAGACCUCGGUUUUCAGGACUUCCACCAAAGGACAUUAUCUGCCUCUUCUUCAGCUACAGCCAAGUUACGAUGUUACGCUGCAGCAUUUCUCAUCCCCACAUUUGGAAUUCCUCCUGUGCUCAUUGGAGCCGCGGCUGCAUCGACAGACUGGAAUCUGACCUCGUAUGGUUCUCCGCCUCCGUAUGAACGAGGUCAGACAGGUCUGAUUUUACCCCUCUCCCUGCACCACCUAACCCCACCCUACAUCUCCGUCAUCGGCAUUGGAGCAGUGGCUGCUGCCGUGAUGUCAUCAACUGACUCUGCCCUGCUGUCUGCUGCCUCCAUCUUCUCCUCGAAUAUCUACAAGAAGAACUUGAGGACCAAGGCAUCAGAGAAUGAGAUCCGCUGGGUGAUUCGAAUUUCUGUGGUUUUAUUUGGCCUGGCCGGUGCAUCACUCACCUUCCUCCACACCGGUGUUAUGGCGUUCUGGGUCCUGGGUGGAGAAAUCGCCUACAUAAUGAUGUUCCCGCAGCUGGUCUGCGUGCUGUUCUUCAACAUCUCCAAUGGUUACGGUGCCACUGUGGGAUUCCUGGUGGGGUUUUUUUUAAGACUUUUGUGUGGAGAGCAGUUGCUAGGGCUACCACCUGCCAUCCAUUUCCCAGGAUGCACCCUUGAAGACGGUGUUUACGUUCAGUAUUCCCCUAUCAGGACCAUCUGUAUGCUGGUGGCUUUUGCCACCAUUUUGCUGGUCUCCUACCUGUCAUCUCUGCUCUUCAACAAAGGACUGAUACCUGAGAAGUGUGAUGUGUUUCAAGUUAAAAUCCAACAUUCACCGAGGACACAGAUACCAACAGGUGGCAAUGAGAACAACUCAAAACCUCUGUGUGAGAAUGCUGGGGUUUCAGAUCCACUGUUUGAAUCGACAUGUUGAAAAAAAUAAUACUAACAGGACACUAAACAUGUAUUACCUCUCCUAACAACAUGUACCUCAUUAAACCUACAUUGAGAAUAAAGAAAAUGAGACGAUAGAAAAUGUAUUUCUCACUGACAGGAUGACCUUGAGAAAAUUUUAAUUUAUCUAGUUAAGUAUCAAAUACUUUCUCAGCAAAGGAGUGGACUCAAAGAUGAACUGAUUAGAUUGUCCCUAGUGUUUCCUUGUUCUCUUUCUCCUUGUGUUUCCCUGUGUCGCCUCCCUUGUCUGUGUGUAUAUGUGUGUGGGUGUCAGAGGACCAGUGCAGAUUUCUGGUGGUCCUGCUCACCUGUUCCUCAUUCCCUCAUCACCACCUGCAGUAUCAGAACCCCGGCUUGUCAUCUACUUGUCACCAGAUUAGUUCCAACUGUGGUAUUGUGAUCUAGGCUGCUCAGUAUCAUAAAGAGGGUUGGCAUUUAGCCCAAAGUGUGAGCUCAGCACUAGUUCACUUAAUUUCUGCUAAUGAAUCCAGAAAUGUAAUUGAAAUAUUGCAAGCAUUUGUUAGUAAUUUGCCU